AGGACAGCAUUCCUCAUGUCAGAGCGCCAGUUUUUCCACACAGCGGCAGACGAACUAGCUGUCUUCACGUACAGCUCCCUGCUCCUGCACUGAUCAUCUCCUCUUUGUCUUCCAGCAGCAAAACUUUUCUUUUUAGGAGUGCCCGUCCAUCACCAAAAUGGAGUCUGCUACAAUGCAUCUGCCAUCCAAUCAGUCAUCAGAGAGCUGUGUAGUGUUGGAGACCACGAUCGAGAACCAGCUGUUUGGAUGGUUCUACCUCGUGGUUUUUGUUCUGGCGCUGAGCGGUAACAGUUUGGCUCUCUGGAUUUUCUCUCACCAGCGUGGCGUUUCUUCUCCAGCUAACGUCUUCCUGAUUCAUCUGGCUGUGGCAGACUUAUCGUACGUCAUCAUCCUCCCGCUCAGGGCCACCUACCACUUUACAGGAGGCCACUGGCCCCUGGGCGAGGUGCCCUGCCGGGUGGUGGGUUUUUUGUUUUAUGUCAACAUGUAUGCCAGCCUGUACUUCCUGGCCUGUGUAGCAGGGGAUCGAUACUUGGCUGUGGUUCACGCUGUGAGGUCACUGAAGAUUCGUCGCGCUCGCUAUGCUCAGAUCAUCAGCUUCUCUCUUUGGGUCCUAGUUACUGUCUCCAUGGCACCGCUGCUUGUCACCCAUCAGACUGCACAGGUGGACAACAUGACGGUGUGUUUGCAGCUAUACAGGGAGAAGGCCUCACGCAAUGCUCUGAUCUCGCUGGCCGUCGCCUUCAUGCCGCCUUUCCUCGCCACUCUUUCCUGUUACCUCCUCAUCAUUCACAGCUUGCAUCGCGGCUCCAGGUUGGAGCCGGCGCUCAAGCUAAGGGCCCUGCGCACCAUUGGCCUGGUUAUGCUCAUCUACGUGGUCUGUUUUCUGCCUUAUCAUAUGAGUAGGGCCACCUUCAUCCUGGGCUACAGCCACCCAGACGUCUCAUGCCAGACACGCAGAGGCCUGAGCCUGGCCAACCGCCUCACCUCCUCCCUCACCUGCCUGAAUGGUGCUAUGGACCCGCUGGUCUACCUGUUUGGGGCGGAGAAAUUCCGCGGCACACUGCGGCGAUUGUUUUGUAAAGAUAAUGGCGGGAUGUCAGGGGCCACCAGCGGAGAGUUAAAGGGAACACAUGAGAGCUCUGUGAGUGCCAAAUCUGAGUUCUGAGGAAAAGCAGCUAGACUCAGACACCUGUGCAAACUUUUCCAUCACAAGCAGCUUCAGGUUGAUGAUACUUUGAUUGAUGCUGUUUCCAAAGGCUGUUUGAGAACCAAUUCUAGUGUCAUCCCCACACCAUUCCCACCAAAUCCUUAGAGAAUUAAACUGACAUCACUUUGACACUCAAAGAAUCCUGAAUUCAGCAGCAAAGACGGUGGUAGAAGUUUAACUUCCAGGAGAGGAACAAAGAUCUUUAAAACCUAAAUUUGGGGCAAAGUCAGCAAACUUUUUUAAAUCAGUUAUAACUUCUGAUUCUGCACAGACUGUUUAUCUUGGUGACCACUGGAAUUAAAGUUGAUGAAGAUAAUGCUUCAAAAUAACUCCCACACACACAAGACUCGAGUAAAUCUCAUUCUUCUUUAACAAUUUAAUGCAAUGGAGAAUGUUUAAAAGCAAAAUUACUGCAAUUAGAAGUAAAUAUGACAUUUGAUGAGUUUUCAAAAUGUACUGUUGGCUUGCUUUCAGCUCAGCAGAUCCCCUGUUUUUUACUGUAGUAGAUCUGGUUUCAUAAGACAGACAAUUUGUACUGGUUAGUGACGCCUUUGAUGUUCUGUUUAAGCUUCUUGUCGUUUCCAUUAAAAGUUUUUUGGGUCCAUGUUAGAAACCAAUUCUCAAACCAGUCAGAACUGUGCCCAAUACCUGCUAAUGUGGGACUCUCUGUACAAAAGCUAAGCUAUUUGAAUUUGUUUGGCUAUAAUUUUUGACAACUGACGGUUUUAAUAAUAAUCUUUAGAAAAGGUUUGUUGCAACAUAACAACUCACUUGUUCCGGAGAUGAAGCAAAAAACUAAUGAUGCAAAGUUUUUAAUUGCUUCUGCUGUCAUAUAUAAUACUUAAUGGGGGUUAAACUUGAGUACUAAUUGUUCCGCCUACUGCUUGUUGGAAAUCCAAAACAGCAAUUCAUUAUUUACAUAGUAAACUUUCAGUGUAUAUUUUCUAUUGUUUUUUUAUACUGUAAGCCAAAUGUGAUGAAUAUGCAUCAGUCACAGUUGAUAAUAUUGUUGUUUUUUUUUCAUCUAAGGUGACAUAGGUUGUCCUUGCUUUGUGGAUAAUCAAAUGUGCGUGCACAUAGUUUAACACUAUAAGUGAAAUGUGAUGCGAUCCAUGUGAGAAUUUUAAAAACUCGUGUGAUCAUGUGUUGUCUCCUAAAGUACAAACAUCCAGUUAAAUUUUCAUUUGUUUGAAUUUUUAGUUUCAGGCCAAAUAUCUGGAAAAUGUUUAUGCUAAUUAGCAUUGCUAGCAUGCUAAUGCACCAAAUCAGGAAGUUAAACAGGGUAAGCAUUACAGGUAAGGUAAGCAUUAUACCUUUCAAAUAUUAGCACUGUAUGUUAGCAUGCUGGUGGACAUACCCACUAAGGCACUCACCAGCUUCUAGACUCCACAUUUUGAAGACUCACCAUUAGCACUGUGGCUGCUGUUGUGUGAGGUGAAGUUGAAGUGCUAAGUUGGUUUGCUGCAUCCAUAAAUUGUAUGGGUGAAAUCCACAAGCACAGAAAAGUGCUUAUUGGUGUUAAUUAAGUAACAGACUAAAAAAAAGCAAGAACAACAAGAAAGAACACAGUCCAGAAGUUCAGAUGAGUGACUCCUAUCACCAGUAUUAUGCUACAGUCAAGUUAAUGAACAAAGUCAUUGGCAUGGUGCUGUUGCCUUUGAAAUGGUUGCAGUCAGUUGCCAUUUUCAAGGCAAUUUUAGUGCAUUAAGAUGACAUCAGUUUGCUAACAGUUUGCAAGUGAAUGAGGUCGAGUCAGCAAUCUGUUUGUUGUAAAAUGGCACGUGUGUUUGACUGCACAAACAGAAAUUCACAUUACCUACUUGCAUUCAGAAUUCAGAAAACCCACCACAAACAGUGAUGUAGUUUCUACAGGAUGGUGAUUUAACUGUAACAUGCAACCACAAUUUAUAUAAGAAUAGAACCAAAGUAGAAGCAGUUCAGUUGAAUCUUGUAUUGUAAAAAAAAAAAAGAUGUGUCACAGAGAAAUUGUCUCAGAAAAACAAACUGCGAUUGCCUUGCAAUCCAAAGUUGUUGAUGCAGAUACUUUCAAUCAGUUGCUGCUGGGUCAGUCAUGAGCUGCUGAAUAUUCCAACCUACUUUUACUCUGGUAUGACUAACCUAAGAAAAUCACCUCUGAUUCCAAAAACCAGAAGUAGAAGUUAUAAGAAAGUCCCCCCUGACUUAUUAUUAAGAAGGAAUAGCAUGGAGUAGUAUGCUGUACGUAUGUUCACUUAAAGUUACUGUAAAGUAACAUUUUAAGGCAGAUCUUUAUGGGGGAAUGACACUUUUAGAUCCUCAUGUGGUCACUAGCGGAACUGCAAACUUUGAAACUUUGCUUGCUUCAUAUUCCAGCUGUGUGUUAGCAUGCCAGUAUUAAUAUUUAGCUCAAGGCAACGCUGUUCUUCACAGAGAUACUAUUAAGGCUGUAGCCCUUUGGAUUAAGUCCAGAUUUACUCUACAAUGGAGUGACAAUUUUAUUGAGAGUGGACUGUGUAAAUGUGCCCAUUAUUAUACUGCUGUUGGAUAUUUCCCUGCUAUCACAUUUUCAUAGAUGCAAAAAUUCCUGUAUUUAUGUUUCUCCAGCUCAGCUAGGAAUGACGUGGACACAGUCACAGCUUUUUAUAAAUUCCUGACAUGAGUCACUGUAUAUGUUAAAUGUGAUUGACAAAUCUCCACUGUGAAAAUAUUUUUGGGUUUUCAGUUUCUUAACUCUCCUAUGAUGCUACGCAUUUCUGUUGCACUGUUACUUGACAAACUAAUAACUAUUGUUCUAUCUACAGUUUGAUAAAAUGCAACAUGUUAAAAAUAUGCUCUGACUUUAAUGUGCGAAUGAUUGUGUAAUUCACUGCAGCAAAAAUGCACCAUUUGUGUGACAUGUCCAGUCCCUCACAUAAAAACUGCAGAAACUCAACAUGUCUGCUGCUGUCUCCCGAAAGCAAAAGUAUGAUUUCACGUCCUUCGCGUCUGUGGCGUUGACGUGUUCGCCGUGAAAGUGGUAAAACUAUUUCAAGUGCGGGGACAGAAGGCAGCAGUGACUUGUCACCAUGUAGUUCUCUUUUCAUAUCAUGUGACAUGUUGUGGUUUGUGAGCAGCUCAUUUUCCUCCCCUUAUUUCUGCAAGACUUCCUGUCCAUCACAUGAACAUGGCAACUACUUUAACUUGUAUUUCCUGAAUGUAUAUAUUGUAGAAAACCCCCGAGCUCCCUUUGGUUCAUCUGUGGUUUAAAGAAUAGCAGUAUGCAGGCUGAAUAUGAUGCACCUUGGUUUAUUUUUAUCAAAGAACAAAAUGAUCAUGUUUGAAAAACAAAUCAAGGUCCUUAUCUUCUUUUUUCUUUUUUUACUGUGUGGGUUUUAAAGUAAAUAUAUCCAGUAAAUUCCCUUCCUGUAACUA